AUGAACUCAACGCAAACACUAAGCUGGUUCAAUGACACCAACCAUGAAGUCACCUACCCAACGACGUCAGAAUGGUUCGAUGGGAACUGCUCCUGGGUGGACGCGGUGUCCUGGGGCUGCAACGGCACCUCUGGGAACUCCACAACAAGUGACGUCACCUCGCUCGUCCUCAUGGCAGUCACGUCGGUCGUAUUGGCUCUCAUCAUCUUGGCAACCAUCGUCGGUAACGUGUUCGUGAUAGCUGCUAUAAUCAUCGAGAGGAACCUUCAGAAUGUCGCCAACUACCUGGUGGCUUCCCUGGCGGUUGCCGACCUGAUGGUGGCAUGUCUAGUUAUGCCCCUCGGCGCUGUCUAUGAGGUCAGCCAGGGUUGGAUCCUGGGGCCGGAGCUCUGUGAUAUGUGGACUUCCAGCGACGUGCUCUGUAGCUCUGCUUCGAUCUUGCACCUCGUCGCUAUUGCUACUGACAGAUAUUGGGCUGUGACAGAUGUGGACUACAUCCACAUACGGAACGAGAAGCGAAUAUUCACCAUGAUAUUCCUCGUGUGGGGAGCAGCACUCGUGGUCUCACUGGCCCCUCAGCUGGGCUGGAAAGACCCCGACUACCUAGCAAGAAUCACUCAACAACAAAAGUGCCUCGUCAGUCAAGACCUCGCGUACCAGAUAUUCGCCACUUGCUCCACGUUCUACGUCCCGCUAGCUGUCAUCCUCAUUCUGUACUGGAAGAUAUUCCAGACAGCCAGGAGACGAAUCCGAAGGAGACGAGAGCCCCCUCCCCGCCCCACCUCGGCUGACGGCGCCGCGCCAUCCGGACGACAAGUACAGUCAGCAAGAGAUAGAAGAUUCGUCAAGAAAAGGUUCUUAAAUCUAAAGAAAUGUAACCAACGCACGCGGGCUGAAACAUUAGCAGCGGCGUUGUUGCUGACUGAAGGUCAGAGCACUUCUACCGUGGACACGUUGGACGAAGAGCCUCGUACUACUGCGUUCACAAUCAACGAGAAGCUUCCACCUUCAGUGUCACCAGAGAAGUCUUCCUCGACCGUUACGAACGGGUCGAAACCGGAGCGGUCUAUCGUAUCCGCUCCCACGCAUAGGGAGAAAAAGGAGUCUUUAGAAGCUAAGAGGGAGAGGAAAGCGGCGAAGACCCUCGCGAUUAUAACGGGCGCCUUCGUCUUCUGUUGGCUGCCGUUCUUCAUAAUGGCGCUAGUGAUGCCGAUAUGUCAAACGUGCGUGAUCAGUGACUACUUGGCCAGCUUCUUCCUGUGGCUCGGUUACUUCAACUCGACUCUCAAUCCCGUUAUAUACACAAUAUUCAGCCCAGAUUUCCGCCAAGCGUUCGCCCGUAUCCUUUUCGGGACCCAUCGGCGCGGGCGCAAUAAAAAAUUCUAA